UAGUUUUAAGGAGACGCGGCAAUGCAUGGGGGGUCCUUCUCCCACCUACGCGGCUACCGUCCAAAUCGCGGCAUAUAAUGUGGCCCGGCCAUGGUGUUAACUUUCCUCUCCUCCCCGUCCUCGUCGCCCUCGCCCCCGCAUCUGGGCCAGAAUAGCCGGCGGAUCCCCAGAUCGACCCACCGGCCGGUGACCCCCAGCCGCAUCUAGCUAGCUAAUACAGAACCAAUGGCGACAUCCAAGAAGGAGCCUCUCUACCCGAGAAAGGAGAGGACGACGACCAUCAGGAUGUCCCCGAACAUCAGGCCCUCCUCCAGCAGCGAAUCGUCCUCCGGCUACAGCGCGCGGCAGGCAAGGUCAGUCCCGAGCUCCCCGGACCGCAAAUUCGGUCCUUCAGCUGGGGCAACAACGGCAACAGCGGCAGCGGCAGCGGCGGCUCCCUCUGCCUCUCCGGACAUGUGCCCUCGUCCAUCCUUGUCGGCUGCCGGCCGGUCCGUCUCGUCGCGGACAAUGUCGAGCUCAGGCUCAUACAUCCAUGUGGGCAAGCCAUCCACCGGUGCUGCGGCAUCGAAGCCGAGUCUGGCGAGAGCGAAAUCCGACAAGGUUCGUACUACUGCCACCUCACAGCGGCCUCCUGUGCUCGCUGUGCCGCCGAGCAAUUCGUUCAAGGACAUGGCCAGGACAGCGGCAGCAGCCAAGUCGCCGUCCACCUUGCCGAAGAGCAAGGUGUCACCAAGGCCUUGCACUGAGAAAGGUGUGGGCAUCCAGAGGGCGCCAUCGCCGGGAGCUUCGAGAGGUGGGAAGAUCACUCCGCCGGUGCCAUCGGCACGGGCACCAGUUGCCGCUGCGAAGAAGAGAGUAGAAAAAGCUGCAAAUGGUGGUGCUAGUGCAAGCUCAAGGGCAGCAAGUGCCUCUCAAAGGGCAACAAGGAAGGAGAAAGAAGAGGAGCCAUCAAUGCAGUUUGAGGCAUCUGAGAGCCUAACCACGUCCAUCGAAGAUCACCUGCAGAAGCGACUUCCUGACCCUGUCGAUCUGAAAUCCAUGGGCUCGGCUGCUUCUGGUUCAGUUCGACAUGGUCAUCAGCAGGAGCCAUACUCUGAGCAACAAGGCAAGAGCGGGGAGGAAGUCAAAGAGCACUCACAUAAAGAAGAGAAAGGAGGAGGUUGUGAGCUGCGCAAUGGAAAGCACGGUGCUGAUGAAUUGGAGGGAGCAGAAAAGGAAGAAGCUAAAGCAAUGGCUGAGGUUACCCAGUCCUGGAGGAAGGAUGAUCCAACGAGCAACGAUGUGAUUGAGGAAACCAAAAGCAAGCUCCUGGAGGAGAGGAAGAGCAGGGUGAAAGCCUUGGUAGGCGCCUUCGAGACGGUCAUGUCCUUCAAGGAGUAGCAGUGGCUCAGCCUAAAUUCUUGGAUCAAUCCUUUUAUUUCCAUCUCAAGAUGAGUAGUACAUUGAGUGUUAAUACGAUGGUUUCUUUGGUUGAUUGUAUUCGAUGUGUUGGAUCUUUGUUUCUGACUGGUUAUCAUAGCAUUUAACACUGUUCGUUGCUGCUGUU